AUGUCGAGCAUUCCAGAUAAAACACAAGAUGGGCAUGGGGAUGGGACUGAAGAAAAACCAGAAAUUGUGGAACCAAACCAGGAGACGAAUCCUGCUGACCCUUCUAUAGCAGAGAGUACUGGCACUAAAUCACCAAAUGUCAAUGAUCAGAAGGCCACCCCAGAUCCAACUUCUGAUCCAAACUAUGUCAACAUUCAUCAGUUCUUUCCAACUCUAGAACAUUGUUUUACUAAAACAUCUACUCACUUUGCCGAGGAACAAGACAAUAGAAUGGAGGCAGCUAUUAAAGAUUUUGUGAAUGAAGAUUCUACUGUGUUUAGUCAAUUUAGUGAACAAGAGAGCAGUACAAUACAGGGUGGCAGUAUGGGUGAAAAACAGGUAGCUAUAUUAGAGCGAGAAGGAACAGAUUUAUCUUAUGAUUCUACUAUAGUAUCUGCUAAUAACAAUUCAGCUGACAAACAAGAACCAGCUGAUAAACAUACAGAAGACAAGAACGUAUUUAGAACAGCAGUAGAUGAGGAGACUCUAGAAGCUGCCAAAGCUAGAAGUGGAAAUAGUAUCUUUAAUACUGAAGAUUGGCCUGGGCCUCGAUCACCCAGUCCUACCUUUGAUGAAAUUUUAGUCAAUAAAGCUGUGGAACAUUAUGAACGUGCCAUAGAGUUGAAAAAAAAAGGAGAAUACGAAGCUUCGAUAAGAUCUCUUAAUAAAGCCAUCAAUCUUCAACCUGGAGAUCAUAUGUUUUAUAUGGAACGUGCUGAAAACUUCAUCCAGCUAUCAGACAUUCAGUCAGCCAUCUUGAAUUAUAAAAAGGCGUGUUUAAUGGCCCCCAGAAAUGACAAUUAUUACUCGCGUCUCGCCUUUCUGUAUUUUUUCUUAGGCCAAAUGUUGUUUGAUCAAAGACUGUAUCCUGAAUCUUUAGAAUUAUUUUCACGAGCAGCAGAAAUGAAACCUGAAAACACUGGCUACCAUAUCAGAAGUAUAUCAUGUCUAGCUGCUCUACAGAGACAUGGUGAAUGUCUAGCCCUGGUGAACAAACGUCUAGAAACAGAAAAAAAUAACGCUGAUUUGCUCAUCAUGAGAGCUCGCUUGCAUGAAAUGUUCAGAAAUACGACACUGUGUUAUUAUGAUGUUAAAGAUGCUCUAUUUAUUGAUGAGAAUCACGAUGUAGCCGUAGAGAUGAUGUCCAACCUAAAACUAACAGGGGAAGACAAUAAAAAACAAGCCAUGCAGUUAAAUAUAAUGGGGAAACAUCGUGAAGCCUUACAGAAAAUAUCUAUCGCUAUAGAAACUAAUCCUUCUAUUAGUUCAUAUCAUGUGUUACGAGGUGCUUUACAUCGAAAGUUAGGAGAUUUUAACUCAGCUAUAGAUGAUUUUCUACUGGCAUUAGAUAAAUGUGACCAUAAUGAAGAAGAUCCUGUUUAUUCUGAUUCUCAGAGACAGUUAUUAUUGACCUAUAAUGAUUUUGCUGUAGAAUGUUUUAACAAGGGAUACUAUGAUGAAUCAGUUAUAUUAUUAAAUAAAGCUAUUAAAGGAGAGAAAAGAGAGAAGGGGUUAUAUAUCAACAGAGGAGAUUGUUUUCUAAAACAAGACGAGUUAAACUUUGCUCUCCAAGAUUAUCACCAAGCUCUAGAGUUAGACCCCAGUGAUGUUUAUAUUAAGACUAGAAUCUCUGUUAUACAUGCUGAAUUUGCCUACACUGCUUACCAAGAGAAAAACUAUUCUGAAUCCCUGGCCAAGAUGUCUCUAGCUAUACAGUAUAACCCCAGUGUUGGGGGAUAUUACAUAUCACGAGCCAGAUCAAAAUACAUGAUAGAGAUUAACACCAAGUUAAAACAGUCAUAUCAUAAUAGAAAGACCCUAAAAUCUGUGGCACCGAGAAUGCAGCCUCUUCCUCCACCUACUAAUAAACUUAAAUAUGGUGCCAAUGUCUUCCACCGUCGGGAAUUAAUCGUUACAGAAACGCCAGAACUUAAAAAAUCUACAAACUGGAAAACAUUUGGAUUAGGAAUUGGUACUCAGUGA